AUGGGGGAAAGUAAAGUUGCAAUCUUGUUCGUUUGGGUCUUCUUUGCAUUGUGUAUCAUCAGACUCAAUGCUGAAUCAUCAACCCUAGAAAGAGAAAUUGAAGCCAAAUUGAAGCAACUCACCAAGCCUGCUGUUAAAACCAUUAAGAGUGAAGAUGGAGAUAUUAUUGAUUGCGUCAACAUCUACGACCAACCUGCCUUUGAUCAUCCUGCCUUAAAAAAUCACACUAUCAAGAUGAUGCCUGAUUAUCUGUUAGCAUCUGAAAAUUCAAGAACAAAAGAAGAUUCAGAGUCGGAGAUAUUUCAAACAUGGCAGAAAAGUGGAAGUUGUCCAAAAGGAACCAUCCCUAUUCGUAGAAUUCUAAAGAAAGAUUUGCUCAGAGCUGCUUCUCUUGACAGCUUUGGUCGAAAAUCUCCUCAACUUUAUAAGAAUUCAACAAACCAAACAAAUGGAUAUAUCCCAGAAAAUCGCUCGUCAGCAUAUCUUAUGACAGUGGGAUACAAUUAUAUUGGUGCACAAGCAGACAUCAACGUUUGGAAUCCAAAGGUUGCUCAGCCAAACGAGUUCACUACAGCUCAAAUUUGGGCUAAAAACAACAACAAUCCCUAUGUUGAAAGUGUUGAAUCAGGCUGGAUGGUGAAUCCAAUGUUAUAUGGUGAUGAAGCCACCCGAUUUUUUGCCUAUUGGACUAGAGAUUCAUACAGGUCAACUGGUUGCUUCGAUCUUACUUGUUCAGGAUUUGUGCAAAUAGGGCAGAUAGUACUUGGUGGUACCAUAAAACCUGUAUCAUCAUUUUGGGGCCCACAGUAUGAAAUUAACGUUGGGAUGUUCCUGGAUACAAACACAGGAAAUUGGUAUCUGAAAUUGAACAGCAAUAUCGCAGUGGGUUAUUGGCCAGCUGAAAUAUUGGGAUCUUUAAAACACAGUGCGAUAUGUGUUGAGUGGGGAGGACAAGUGGGAAGCAGAAAUAUAAGAAAGAAAAGUCCUCACACGAGUACACAAAUGGGUAGUGGAGAGUUCGCAAGUGGUCGAUUCAAGGAGGCAUGUUUCAUACGAAACAUAAGGAUUCAGGAUUAUUCGCUUCAGCUUAAGUAUCCUCAAAAUGUAAAUGCAAUGUCUGAAGAACCAUUUUGUUACAGUUCCCUCCAUGAUGCCAGACGUGGGGUGGAGCCAAUCUUUUAUUUUGGAGGCCCUGGACGAGCCCUACCCCAUUGUCCUUGA